UGAAACCAUCGGUUGGAAGAAGGCGCAGCCAUGGAACCCCUCUGUUUAAAUUUUCUUCUUUCUAUUCAAGGCUUCGUUUUCAUUCUCAUUCUUCUUGCUUUCAUCGCCAUUUUGCCUCCCCUUUUCUUCCACUUCAGGCUCCGCCGUUUUCAUCAGACGCAAUUAAGCAAGUGUGGUUGGCUGAACAAUCCUCCCCUUGUGUGUGCUCAUGGUGGUGACUCAACUAAUGCCUUCCCAAACACGAUGUCUGCAUAUGGUUUUGCUCUUCGUUCUCAAGUAGAUUGCAUUGAAAUUGACAUCUCUCGCUCAUCAGAUGGAGUUUUGUUUGCACUUCAUGACAGGGAUUUGCAGCGAAUAUCUGGUAACAGCACUUCUAAAGUUGGGCACUUGAGAUCAAACGAGAUAAAAGAACUAGAUGUCUAUCAUCAUUCUGGUAAUUCAAAGAUACCUACAAUUGAAGAUGCUUUGACGUUGAUAUCAACAUCAGUUAGGCAGGUGAUUCUAGAUGCCAAGGUGGGGCCUCCAUUAUAUGAAAAGGGGCUUGCAAAAGAUAUUCUUUCCACUGUUGAGAAGAUUCGGUGCAAGAAUUGCCUCAUUUGGGCUAAAAGCGAUAGUUUACUGAGGGACAUAAUCAAACUCUCGUCAGAUGUUAAGGUAGGCUACAUUAUUAUGGCGGAUCCCCAUUCUGGGGCUCGAACUAGCUUAUUUAGAAUGAAAGGGGCCAAGGUGACAGGCGUAUACCACCAAUUGAUUAAUGAAAGAUUGGUUAAGACUCUGCAUGGGAGGGAGAAGAAGGUAUAUGCCUGGACCGUCGAUGAUGUUGAGUCCAUGACGACGAUGUUGCAUGCGCAUGCGGAUGCCAUUAUUACUAGCAACCCCACUUUACUUCAACGUACCAUGCAAGACAAAAGAACACAAUGCCUUGAAGAAGGUUUUUCUUUAACACGAUGACAAUUCGUGUUUGUUUUUCAGUAUUUGAUGGUAUAUGCUGUAAACUAAUCAUGCAGAGAGUAGAAUUUAAACCGUGA